UGAUUACUCAUCAUCUUUACUGUUUGUUGUCGACAAGAAACAAGACUGAAUCAAAAAUUUGGAUUGGUCGUGUGGCACGCAAUUCUCUUCAGAAGUUCAGCAGUCUACCGUAGUACGUCCAUCCAUGACGACCUUGCAGCGUUGAGCUUGGAUUUCCUUGCUGGCCCCUAAAGCAGCCAGCUCUGCUGCUCAGAUACAUGAAGAAGAAAAAAGCUCAGCUCAGGUGACCAGAUGUACUGUACUAUGUACAUGUAGUACGGUCAGGCAUGGUUUUGUAGCAGAUAAAUUCCCGAUUGUUAACCCUGUAGUGAGGAUCAACGCCAGUUACUAGUACGUGCUACCACUACUGCUGCUGUUAGUGCAGUAUUGGUCACUAACAGAUAGUAAACUGUUACAGUUACUUUCAUUGAAUUAGUUACCACAUGCUGUAGUAGUACUGGACAGGAAGGCAUAUAUUCACAAUGGAUGAAGCACUCAAAGACGUAGCUCAAGGCAAGUCGCUACGAAAAGCAGCUGCUGCCCACGGCGUGAAGAAAACUGCGUUGUUCAACCGUGUGCAUGGUGGGUCCUCGAUCAAGGGAAGGCGAAGAGUCUUACCGGCUGAUCUGGAAAAUCUUCUGGUCGAGCGCUGCAAACAAGUAGCAGAGGAGGGCGAUGCGAUAAAAUGGGACAAAGUCACCGAGCUGGCGAAGGACCUUCUCAAGUCGAAACAGGAUCGUACGGUGGCACUUGGCAGAGGAUGGUGGCGGGGAUUCAAGCGGCGCCGCUCGCACGAAUGGAGCUCGCCUGAUAGCGCCGGUGACGGUGCUACAGCGCCUUUGCCGACACUGCAAUGUUUGGCGUCUGACGGGUGCCAAGCCAAUUCGCUCGCUGGCGACAUUCUCUCAACUAGCCACGACGUGGAAAGGGCACACGGGAACAAUGCAGCCAGUAUGCAAGCAGCACCAGCUCCCAGUUGUACUCUCACUUCUGCCAGCAUGCAAUGGUUGGCUUUGCAAGCAGCAGCAGCAGCUCCCAGCUGUACCCUCACCACCGCCAGCAUGCAGUACUUGGCGUCUGCCGUAUGGCAAGCUGAGUCGCUCGCUAGCGACAUGCUCUCAACUGACCACGACGUGGAAAGGGCACAUGAGGACAAUGCAGCAAGUAUGCAAGCAGCACCAGCUCCCAGCUGUACCCUCACCACUGCCAGCAUGCAAUGCUUGGCGUCUGCCGUGUGCCAAGCCGAGUCGCUCGCUAGCGACAUGCUCUCAACUCACCACGACAUGGAAAGGGCACACGAGGACAAUACAGCCAGUAUGCAAGCAACACCAGCUCCCAGCUGUACCCUCACUACUGCCAACCUGCAAGGCUUGGCGUCUGCCGCGUGCCAAGCCGAGUCGCUCGCUAGCAACAUGCUCUCAACUCACCACGACGUGGGUAGGGCACACGAGGACAAUGCAGCCAGUAUGCAAGCAGCACCAGCUCCCAGCUGUACCCUCACUACUGCCAGCAUACCGCAACACCCACUUUGCCCUACCAGCGGCAUCCGCCUAUGUGUCUUUCCCGGAGAGACGUCCACAGCACCGGAGCAGUGUGUUGGCAGCCACCACUCAUCACAUGACGAAUGCCACUCGACACUCGGAGAAGAACUCGGCGGUGAAGUCAUCAGCUCAAAUUCCGAAACGGCAUCACACCCGACACCACCUCAGAGCAGUACAAUGGACGAAGCAGUCCAAGACGUAGCUCAAGGCAAGUCGCUACGAAAAGCAGCUGCUGCCCACGGCGUGAAGAAAACUACGUUGUUCGACCAUGUGCAUGGCGGGUCCUCGAUCAUGGGCAGGCGAAGAGUCUUACCGGCUGAUCUGGAAGAUCUUCUGGUCGAACGCUGCAAACAAAUGGCAGAGGAGGGCGAUGCGAUAAAACGGGACAAAGUCCUCGAGCUGGCGAAGGAGCUUCUCAAGUCGAAACAGGGUCGUACGGUGGCACUUGGCAAAGGAUGGUGGCGGGGAUUCAAGCGGCGCCGCUCGCACGAAUGGAGCUCGCCUGAUACCGCGGCCGACAGUGCUAAAGCGCCUUUGCCGACACUGCAAUGCUUGGCGUCUGCCGUGUGCCAAGCCAAGUCGCUCGCUAGCGACAUGCCCUCAACUAGCCACGACGUGGAAAGGGCACACGAGGACAAUGCAGCCAGUAUGCAAGCAGCACCAGCUCCCAGCUGUACCCUCACCACUGCCAGCAUGCAAUGCUUGGCGUCUGCCGUGUGCCAAGCCAAUUCGCUCGCUGGCGACAUGCUCUCAACUCACCACGACGUGGAAAGGGCACAGGAGAACAAUGCAGCCAGUAUGCAAGCAGCACCAGCUCCCAGCUGUACCCUCACUACUGCCAGCAUGCAGUGCUUGGCGUCUGCCGUGUGCCAAGCCAAGUCGCUCGCUAGCGACAUGCCCUCAACUCACCACGACGUGGAAAGGGCACACGAGGACAAUGCAGCCAGUAUACAAGCAGCACCAGCUCCCAGCUGUACCCUCACAACUGCCAGCAUACCGCAACACCCACUUUGCCCUACCAGCGGCAUCCGGAUAUGUGUCUUUCCCGGAGAAGCGUCCACAGCACCGGAGCAGUGUGUUGGCAGCCACCACUCAUCACAUGACGAAUGCCACUCGACACUCGGAGAAGAACUCGGUGGUGAAGUCCCCAGCUCGAAUUCUGACACGGCAUCACACCCGACACUACCUCAGAGAAGUGCAAUGGACGCAGCAAUCGCAGACAUUGCUAGAGGCAGGUCGCUACGGCAGUCAGCUGCUGCUCACGGCGUGAAGAAAACAACGCUGUUCUGCCGUUUGCGUGGGCAGUCAUCGAUCAAGGGGAGGCGAAGAACCUUACCGUCUGAUCUGGAAGAUCUUCUGGUCGAACGCUGCAAACAAGUUGCAGAGGAGGGCGUUGCGAUAAAACGGGUCAAAGUCCUAGAGCUGGCGAAGGAGCUCCUCAAGUCGAAACAGGGUCUGACGGUGACACUUGGCAAAGGAUGGUGGCGGGGAUUCAAGCGACGCUACUCGCACGAAUGGACCUCGCUUGCCGGCACAGACGACAGUGCUAAAGCGCCUUUGCCGACACUGCAGUGCUUGGCGUCCGCCGUGUGCCAAGCCAAAUCACUCGCUGGCGACUCGCUCUAUACUCACCGCGGCAUGGAAAGGGCACACGAGGACAAUGCAGCCAGUAUGCAAGCAGCACCAGCUCCCAGCUGUACCCUCGCCACUACCAGCAUACCGCAACACCCACUUUGCCCUACCAGCGGCAUCCGCGUAUGUGUCUUUCCCGGAGAAGCGUCCACAGCACCGGAGCAGUGUGUUGGCAGCCACCACUCAUCACAUGACGAAUGCCACUCGACACUCGGAGAAGAAAUCGGCGGUGAAGUCAUCAGCUCAAAUUCCGAAACGGCGUCACACCCGGCACCACCUCAGAGAAGUGCAAUGGACGCAGCAAUCGAAGACAUCGCUAGUGGCAGAUCGCUGCGACAGUCAGCUGCUGCUCACGGCGUGAAGCGAACGACCCUGUUCUGCCGUUUGCAUGGGCAGUCAUCGGUGCGCGGCAGGCCGGCGAAAUUAUCCGCUGGCCUCGAAAGCCUCCUGGCUGACUACUGCAAGUUUAUGGCGGGGAAUGGCUAUGGAGUGAUGAAAAAAAGUGUGCAAGAACUGGCAGAGGAACUUCUCAAGUCAGAGCGGGGUAGCCCAGUAUCGGUCGGCACGGGGUGGUGGCGCGGAUUCAAGCGGCGCCACCCGCACGUCAAGUCCACGCCGCCCGCGGUGAGCGGCGCUAGCUCCCAGUGCGGGGCGGUUGGCGUUUCCAGCGCGCCUGCCUUGGCACUGCAGUCGCUGGCGUUUGCCGCUAGCCAACCCCUGCCACUGACCAGCGGCAGCACCAGCACACUCUUGCCGGCCGUCCAAGGCAUGGAGAAUGCAAGUACAAACACUGCACCAAGACUGCAAGCAGCAGGGCCAGUGCUUAGUAGUGCGCGUGCUAGCGGCGGCCAACCGUGCGUCAUUUGCGGGGAGGCGGCUGUGGAAGAAGUACACCAAUGCGACACGUGCUGCUAUGCUUCGCAUCCCCAAUGCCGCUCGGCGCUUCGAGCUGACGUCACCUGUCCGAAUUGUGACGUGCUGUGUUGAUGGCCAUGGGAUGCGUCCCACCGCAAUCCGGUUGUGCGUGGGAAUGCAACUGUUGUGAUUGUGACUACAACGCUAAGCAUUGCCGUGACUGAGUCAAUCCCGUGAAUGGCUCGCAAACCAUGAAUUCACUCAUACCAUGUACCAUACCAUAGAGAGGGGGGGUAAUAAAAAGGAAAACGAAGUGAAAGACAAUGUACAGCACUAGGUACAACACUAUGUAGAAGGCAAGAAGUACCUCCUGUACUACUUUGAAGCAAUUCCACAAAACACAUCAGGCCAUCAGGCCACACCUUACAUAUCUCAGUCUGCUGCAUUAAUUAGUAUAUCGAGUGUUAUCCAAACCUUCUUUUAAACAGAAUCAUUAUCAUUAUCCUUUGUUCUCACGAUGCCAACUCGCACCAGUAAGAGAUACUAAUACCAGUCUUACUGUACCCUCAAAGCUGCACUGAUCGAGCGCUGUUGUUUACUUCCUUGUAUACAAUGCCUGGCACCCCAAUUAUAUCCCCUCGCUGUUCCUUUAAACUCACUGACUGCCUCUUUUUUUUUAUCUAGUCAAGAUUUACUUGCGCCUCUUGCUCGUCUUUUAUCAAAAAAACUGCAGUUCAAGUCGUAUGUUGGGGCAUGUGAUGCCUUCGAGUAUGUGUACUAAUUUAAUGAUUCCGGCAGUCAAAGUGACUGGUAUGUACGUGUUCACCAAUACAUGCCUCACAUAUGCUGAAAAGUACAUGUUGGAAUUUUCA